GUGAACACCAGUGACAUCCCACAGUUUAUGAUGUCACAAAGGCAGCUUGCUGACCAAUCAGAGACAAGAUCAGGGGAAUACAAAGGGCAGGACUGAACAGUGGUAUCUUCAGACGCAGUCCAGCUGGAGAAACAGGCAGAGUUGAUUGGAGCCAGUUCCAGCAAACACCAUGUCGGAGAAAAAGAGCCAAGAGAACACUGGUAGACUUAGCAUUCAGCCUGAAGACCCUUCUCCUAGACCUGACCUACAGGUACCCUUGAGCUUCUUAGACUGCCUACUUCAGGAGGAGCAAUACAUCCAGUGCCUGAAUUGGUCCACAACAGAUGUCUUCCUUAUGAUGCUUGACUACCUUACUGACUACAUCCUGGAGCUAGUAGGCUCCGAGGCCAGCAACAAUGGAAGAAUGGACACAAGUCCUCAAAAUGGAGAGAGAGAAGUCGACAACUGUGAGCCCAACCGCCGUCCCUUAGAGACUGUGAGUUUCUCUAUGCUGGAUGAGAUGCCUGGAUCCAGGAAGAAUGGCUAAGGAUCAGUCCUAGAGCUAGUGGGAAUCCUCACAGCCUCAGCCAGGACAGACAUGUUCC